AUGGCUGUAUCGAAUAGUACAGAUGGCAGCCAUGAAUCCGAAAAUGAGCGCCUUCGUUUAGAGGUUGAAUUUUUAAGAAAGAAGUUGGCAGAUACCCAAUCUCGUCCUGAGUCCUGGAAAUUUCCUGUUGCUUCUGAGUGUGACAAAAUAAAACUUGACAAUUCUUCGCAUGGUAUGGAUUCCAAUGGAAGUGAAGUUAUAGUAAAUCAGCUUUCAACGAUGAAAUUGAUUUUGGCCACACGCGAUGACGAUCAGAUGCGUCAGGAUAGUGACGUAGAGGACGAUGCCACCACAAAAACAAUCAUAGCCCAACUCAGGGAGCAGUUGCAAACGCUUAAGACAGAUGCUGCACAGAUAGUACGGGUCCGAGAUGAUAUCAGUGGCCGCUUAAAAGCUUCAGACAUCCAGCUGAAAGAGCAGAUAGAUACGAGCGCAAAGAGAGCCACUCGAGUGACUGGACUAGAGCAACGCGUGCAUGAGAAAGAUAAAAUCAUCGACGAGCUGCGUGCAGAGUUGAGGGAGUUUAUGAUCGAGGCAGAAGAACUUGUAGCUUCGCAAGCUAGUCUGAGUGCCGAAUUAGAGCAGAAAGACGAGGAGAUGGAGUUGCAAAUGGAAUCGUAUGCAGAGGCCUUGCGGGUUGAUACAGAACCCGCGGGCAACAUGAACGAAGGACAAUUAGACUAUCUGCACCACAUCGUAUUCAAAUAUAUGUCGGGCGUCCAGCAGAAGCAACUGGUGCCGGUCAUAGCGACGAUCUUGAAAUUCACCGCCGCUGAGAUGAAAGCGGUGAUGCCGCCCAGGUGA